UGAUAUUUUGUUUGUUAAGACAGGACGAGAAAGCAAAGCAACCAGCGGGUGAGAUCAAUAAGAGGAUUAUUAAAGAGCGUAGGGAACAGGGGGAAGAAGGAGGAGAAGAAGAAGAAGAAGAAGAAGAAGAAGAAGGAGAAUAGUAGAAGAAGAAGCAGACGAAGGAGAAGGAGAAGGAGAAGGAGGAGUCCUCAACGAUAACAAGAGAAGAGUUUAGUGAAGAGUUUAACAACUGGAUGAAGACCAGCGAGGUGUGUUCAGGCCACGCCCCUUCAGGUAAACGCUCAGGUUUUCGAUUGGUUUUUGGAGGGAUGGAUGGAAGCAGCUCAACAGGAAAUCCCAGCGCUGCUUCGUCUCAUCUGCUUCCUGCUAGCAAUGACAAUGUCAAGAUGCAGCCAGCUGAUUGGUGUACAGCUUCAGAGGAGGACAACUGGCAGAGAGAAGAUUCAGUCAAUCUGCCAAGGUCCCAAAACCACCGGAAACCUGCAAAGGACCACCAGAGACCUCUAGAGAACCAGAAGAGACCUACAGAACCACAGAAAACACAAGAUUGUUCUCCAAAGGAUCAACCAGAUGCACUAAAACUUCCUCUUUUCCAGUUUAGCAUCUCUGAGUUCGAAGACCAGCAAAACCACCAGGAGAACAUUAUUGCAAUCGCAGGUCCAAGGCAUCACGACCACCAAACUCUGCCUCACCUGAACUCUCAGCAGGCUCCUCUUCCUCCUAAUCCCCUGAACACCUACCAGGUUCUUCCUCCUGGUAACCUGAGCACCCAGGGGGCUCCUCCUCCUCCUCCUCACCUGAACUCCCAGCAGGCUGUGUCUCAUAACCAGCCCUCUCCUCAGCCAUUGAUCAACCAUCGGACUGAAGGUUCGACUCUGGCCUCACCAGACCAGGCUCCGCCUCUUGUCAAAGAGCCGUUGUGUGACCAGGUGUGGACCCGACCUCAAGUUUCUUCUUCAGGUGACCUUAAACUGUGUGGCUUCCUACAGAAGCAGGGGGGUCCCCUGAGGUCCUGGAAGCAGCGCUGGUUUACCUACGAGGAGAAGAAGAACCAGCUGUUCUAUUACCGCACUCCGCAGGAUGUAACGCCCCUCGGCCAGGUGGAGCUCUGCAGCGCCACCUUCACCUACACACUGAAGGCUGAGCAGGGCACCUUCCACAUCGGGACACCUGAACGCACCAUCACACUCAAGGCUGUGAGUCAGGAGCUGAUGCUCUAUUGGCUGCAACAGCUGCAGGUGAAACGUUGGCAGCACAGAAGGAACUCCACCUUUCCAGACCCGAAAAAUCACAACAACAACACUGCAGACGACUUCCUGCCAGUGUUAAGCAGCCCGGUUGGUCUGGUGGGGGAGGAGGCGGCUAAUACAUCAUCACAGAGAACACCGCUCGCCAACAUCUCCAUCAAACACCCGUUCAUCCAGAUCCAAAACUCAGUCCAGAGUCUGCGUAAGUGGGCGUCCCCGGAGGGAAGUCGGAGUGUGUUUUAUAUGGACGCUUCAACGUGGACCCCCCCAACCUCCGCAGAACCGCCCCACACCAGCCCCUCAACUUACAACACACCUGCUGAGACUCUGCCCCCUCAUCUCUCAUUGGCGGAAUCAGCGGGUCAGGUGACCCCAGAGGAGGGCAGAGACCAUUGGAACAGGAAGACAAAGACUUGCAGCUCUUCCCCGUUGAUGGUCCUUUGCAGAGAUGCCCUGUCUUCAGACAGGACGUCCCGCCUCCAGCAGGAGAAGCAGAUGCUGCGUGAGGACCUCAGAGCUCAGAAGGAGCUGGUGUGGAUUCUCCACAAAGCCUUGGAGGCCUCUCAGCUGGAGAAGAGAACCUGUGUAGAGUUCCUGGCUGAGAAAAGUGAGCAGGAACGUCUGGAGCUGCUGAGGCAUCGCGAGCGAGAGGCGGCCGACCUGCGAGGACGCCUAGAGGAGGUGAAGAAGGAGGUUGAGUCUACGAGGAGGAGGCUUACUCAGAGAGACGCUCAGCUGAUGGAGCUGCAGGAUAACAUCGGGAUGCUGACAGAGAAGAACAACGCCAAGCAGGAGAUGAUCAUCAAGCUGUCGGAUCAUGUGAACUCCUGCACGGCCUCUGACAGCGGUUUGAACUCUACGACCUUCAAACAGCUUCAACAGGACGUUGAGAACCUGAAGGAUGAUAUUGAGGCGUAUAAGACUCAGAACAAGUUCCUAAACUCUGAGAUCCACCAACUGACUAAACUGUGGAGGACCAGUUCUGAGCAGGAGAAGAUCCUGAUGGUGAAGUGUUCCUACCUGGAGGCCAGAAACUGUCAGGUCGAGAGUCGAUACCUGAGCGCCCUGCGGCAGCUGCAAAAGGUCAAGUCUCUGGAUCAGGUCCAGCGGGAGACAGUCCAGAAGAUGAUCGAGGAGGCUCUGAAAGGGGAGCGGAAGAGUGCCAUCAAGCUGAACGUAGCCAGAGAUCAUGAUGAGUACGGAUUUAAAAUCAUCCCAGAAUAUGAGGUGGAGGACGUGAAGCUGCUGGCCAAGAUCCAGGCGCUGGAGAUCCGCUCACACAACCUGCUGCGCCAGGAGGGUUCGGAGCAAUACCUGUCAAGCUGCUGGGCUCAGUACCUGGCCGGGAGGUCAGAGGAACUCUUUUCCUCACCUGAGCUAAAAGGUCUGCUUAGAGGAGGCAUCCCUCAGCAGUAUCGACAGAAGGUGUGGCGCUGGAUGAUCCGGGCCAGGACCAGGACUCUAAGGGAGCGUUACCCUGAGCGCUACCAGCAGCUGUGUGAGAAGGGUCGGACGUGUCCUCAUCCGGCCUCCAGACAGAUUGAGCUUGACCUCCAUCGGACUUUGACCAACAACCAGCACUUCUCCUCUCCCUCUAGUCCCGCCCUCCAGCAGCUGCGGCGCAUCCUAUUAGCCUUCUCCUGGCAGAACCCUGCCAUUGGUUACUGCCAGGGACUCAACAGACUGGCAGCAAUUGCUCUGCUGGUCCUUCAGAGUGAAGAAGACUCCUUCUGGUGCCUGGUGUCGGUGGUGGAGGCGAUCAUGCCUCCAGACUACUACACCAAAGACCUGGUGGCCUCUCAGGCGGAUCAGCGUGUGCUGAAGGACUUCCUGGCAGAGAAACUUCCCAGACUCUCGGCUCACUUUGAGGAUCACAACAUCGAUGUUUCUCUCAUCACCUUCAACUGGUUCCUGGUGGUUUUCGUGGAAAGUCUUCCCAGUGACAUCCUGCUGCCGCUGUGGGACGCCUUUCUGUAUGAGGGCACCAAGGUUAUCUUCAGGUACGCUCUGGCUCUUUUCAAAUACAAAGAGGACGACCUGCUGAAGAUCCAGGAUGCCGUGGAGAUCUACCAGUACCUGCGUUUCUUCACCAAGACCAUCUCUGACGGGAGGAGGCUGUGCACCAUCGCCUUCAGCGACAUGAACCCGUUUCCCAGGCGUCUGCUGAGGAACCGGCGAACGUUUCACCUGAGUCGCCUGGAGGCGGAGCUUCGAGAGGUGGAGGAGCAGCAGAGGGAAUUCAUCACGGAGAGUGCAGAGCGGAGAGACAAAGUGUUCGAGAACGACGACGGCGAGCUCUGAUGUCACCCGAGUGAUUGACUAAACAAAUGUGUGUCAUCUUUAUAUAUGUGUCUUUCAGAUUAUUUUUGCAUUUCAUCCUGUGAAUCUUUUAAAUUCAAUAAAUAAUACCAUUGCAACUCUA